UGUGGAGGGGGAUGGCUCUUCAUAUUCAUGAAGCUUGCAUACUUCUGUUGGUCAUCCCUGGAUUGGUCACCUCUGCUGCCAUCAGUCAUGAAGACUACCCUGCUGAUGAAAGUGACCAGACCUCCAGUAAUGACAAUUUGAUCUUUGAUGAUUAUCGAGGGAAAGGGUGUGUGGAUGACAGCGGCUUUGUAUACAAGCUGGGAGAACGAUUUUUCCCAGGGCAUUCCAACUGUCCAUGUGUCUGUGCUCUGGAUGGACCUGUUUGCGACCAGCCAGAAUGCCCUAAAAUUCACCCAAAGUGUACUAAAGUGGAACACAAUGGAUGCUGUCCUGAGUGCAAAGAAGUGAAAAACUUUUGUGAAUAUCAUGGGAAAAAUUACAAAAUCUUGGAGGAAUUUAAGCCCUCUCCAUGUGAAUGGUGUCGCUGUGAGCCCAGCAAUGAAGUUCACUGUGUUGUAGCAGACUGCGCAGUUCCUGAGUGUGUCAACCCAGUCUAUGAACCAGAGCAGUGUUGUCCUGUCUGCAAAAAUGGUCCAAACUGCUUUGCAGGAACGACCAUAAUUCCGGCUGGCAUUGAAGUGAAAGUGGAUGAAUGUAACAUCUGCCACUGUCACAACGGGGACUGGUGGAAGCCGGCUCAGUGUUCGAAACGCGAAUGCCAAGGAAAGCAGAUUGUGUAG